AUGCUCGCGCGCAGGACGCCCCCGACGAUCUCGACGCGGCCGCCCAGCUCCAAGACGCUCGGGAAGGCGCUCGAGAGCCCCAGUGGCAACAACCAGCAGCACAGUAACAACGCCAACCAUGCCGGACGCCCCGCUCCGCUCGGCCAGAUCGACGCCAACCACCUGCAGGUCGGCACCAAAGUGUGGGUGGCCGACGCCAAAGUGCUCUGGCGGAUCGGCGAGGUGCAGAGCAUCGCCGACGACCGCAAGACGGCGCAGGUCUACCUCCCUGAUGCUGCAGACGACCAGGUGCAGACCCUGCGCAUGGACCAGCUCGUCACCUUCGACGCGUCGCACAUUGUGGAUCACGCGGACGUGGCGCUUAUGAACAACAUGCACGAGGCGCCGCUGCUCAACGUGCUGCGCCAGCGCUUCGAGCGCGACGAGAUUUAUACCUUCACGGCGGAUAUCCUGCUGUCCAUCAACCCGUACAAGUCCAUCCCGCUGCUCUACGACGUCGUGGGCUUUAUGAAGAGCCGCGAAGAAGCUGCCACCGCCACGGGGGACGGUUCUACCAGCGACAGCAGCGCACCACCUCACUUGUUCUCCAUCGCUGAGAAGGCCUACACAGGCAUGAAGGGCGUCGUUCCUGGGUCUGGAACCCCGCAGUCGAUUGUCAUCAGUGGAGAGAGCGGCGCCGGUAAGACCGAAGCCUCCAAGUACAUCAUGAAGUACCUCGCCACUGCGAGCAAACACGCCGCCAGCUCUAGUACAGUCGCUGCAGGCGUCCACGAACAGAUCGAGGAGUGCGUGGUGCUCUCCAACUUGAUCCUCGAGUCGUUCGGCAACGCCAAGACGUCGCGCAACGACAACUCGAGCCGCUUCGGCAAGUACAUCCAGAUCCACUACAGCAGCGAAGGGCGCAUGGCGGGCGUGUCCAUCCGCCACUUUUUGCUGGAGAAGACGCGGCUCGUGCGACCGGAAGUGAACGAGCGCAACUACCACAUCUUCUACCAGUUGCUGGCGGGUCUCGACACUCUGACAACCUCGUCGUCGGACCCUUCGGACUCGGAUCGACCCUUGUUGCUGCAGAAUGACGUGUGGAACUACACGUAUCUGACGCGUGGAGACUGCGUCGAGGUGGACGGAGUGGACGAUGCCACCGAGUUCGAGCAGCUUCGUCGGUGUCUCGAGCAGCUCGGAAUGGACAACGCCAGCUUCCAACGCCCUAUGUUUGAAGUGCUUGCAGCCAUCUUGCACCUCGGUAACGUGCAGUUUGAGAGCCCCACAACGCAGGACGACACAAAUGGAGACGAUAGUCGCGAGAACGACCCAACACAUGUCGUGUUCCCAGAGAGCGACGCUGGAGUGAACUUGGAGCACGUUGCGAUGCUGUUGGGUGUCGAUGCCGCCGAGUUCGCGAACAAAAUGGUGACGCAGACCACCGUAACUGGUCGUGGCAGUAUCCUCGAGAUCAAGCUCACACCGGAACAGGCCAAGAAUGCCAUGGACGCCUUCUGCAAGUACCUGUACGGCGAGCUCUUCCACCACGUGAUCACACGCAUCAACGCCUGCGCCAAGCAGCAGACGUCUCUGAUCCCCACAACGGACAAAAAGACGCCAAAGUCUCGUGUCCAAGGCGGUGCAACAGCGCCCACGGUAGCUCCAUUCAUCGGCAUCCUGGACAUUUUUGGCUUCGAGGUGAUGAAGCGAAACAGCUUGGAGCAGUUGUGCAUCAACUUCACGAACGAGACUCUGCAGCAGCAGUUCAACAAGCACGUAUUCGUGCUGGAGCAGGAGCGAUACGCCCGAGAAGGCAUCGCGGUGUCCCCCGUGGAAUUCCAGGACAAUCAGCGCUGCCUGGACCUCAUUCAGAAGCCUCCUCUCGGACUUCUGCCUCUGCUCGAGGAGCAAAUGCUGCUCAAGCGCAAGACCACGGACAAGCAGCUCCUCACGAUCUACCACGGGAACCACCUCGAAAAGCACCCGAGCUACGCGAAGCCACGCUUCGAGUGUGACGAGUUCAUCAUCCGCCACUACGCGGGCGAUGUCGUCUACGAUAUCCACGACUUCAUCGCUAAGAACACCGACAACCUGCACGACGACCUGCUCGACUUACUGCGUCGCAGUUCCCAGCCGCUACUGCAAGCCAUGUUCAGUGCUCCAGUCGCAGCUUCACUUGGUGGCGCUGCAACUAAACGCGGUGGCCCGACCACACCGACAGGGGCGAUGCACAAGCGCACACAGAGUGCGUCUCUCACUGGUACAACAACCGUGUCAAGUCGCUUCCGCACGCAGUUAGCUGAGCUCAUGGAAGUUCUGUGGAGCACGACGCCCAGCUACAUCAAGUGCAUCAAGCCGAACAACCUCAAGUUCCCCGGCGGAUUCAGCUGUGAGCUCGUACGUGACCAACUCACCUACAGCGGCGUGCUGGAGGUGGUUCGAAUCCGACAGGAAGGGUUCCCAAUCCGUAAGCAGUACAGUGUCUUCUACGAGCUCUUCUGGUCGCUGGCGAUCGCGAAGUAUGGUGUUGCUGCUACGCGAAACAAUCCUGGUAAGAUGCGAGAAGCCUGUGAGUUCAUCGCUCGCGAGUGGCUCAAGGACAAGGAGCUCGAAAGUGAAGAGCCCUUGAAAGAAGACGACGAAUCACCCGAGACCGAGAAAGACGAGACUGAGCCAAAGCCCCCGCGCGCGCCGGCUCGACAAAUUUUUGCCAUGGGCAAGAACGAGAUCUUCCUUCGCUACGGCCAGGUGGAGAGGCUUGAGGGUUCGUUGGCCACGAUCCGACAAGAAAGUAUCGUGGUUCUGCAGUCCAAACUGGUUCGUGCUCGACUCGCGUUCAAGAAGUUUCACAAACUGCGUCGAGCAACGGUUAAGUGGCAGGCGCUAUGGCGUAUGCGAGUGCAGCGAGCGAAGUAUCUGAAGCAACACCGAGCCGCUAUCAGAAUCCAAGCGCAGUUCCGAUGCUUCCAGCUCACCACUUUGUUCCAGAAGAAGAAGCGCGCCGCUUGUAUCAUGACGCGAGUGUCGCGUCGAUACGUGACGCGUUGCAACUUCCUGCGAUUCCUCAAGGCUACGCGAGCAGCGACUGAGAUCCAGCGUCACGUGCGAGGGUUCAUGCUGCGCACUGCCGCGGAGCGUGAGCGGAAGUUGCGGCUUCGAUCGACGCUGAAGCUGCAGUCGUGGCAGCGCAUGCAUGCUCAUCGUCGAGCUUUCUUGGCCCAGCGACGUGCAGCCAUCCGUAUUCAAACCAGGUACCGGGCUCGGACCCAGCGCCGGCGGUUCCUGCUCGAGAAGAAAGCCGAAAUUGUGCUGGCAGCCUUUGUGCGUCAGUUCUUGCAGCGAAGACGCUUCAAAAAGCUCAAAGUUUGCAUCACAAAGACCCAGGCGUUGGUGCGGAAGUGGGAAGCUCGCCGACGUUUUGUCACGCUGAGGUCUGGGGUGGUUUGCAUCCAGAGCCAACGCCGUCGGCAUGCUGCUCGACGCGUAUUUGUUGUCCGGAAGGCUGCGGUGGCUCGCCUUCAGCACGCCAUGGUUGGAUGGAUUGCUAGAUGUCACUACCUCGCGUUGAGGCGGAGCACCCGAACGCUGCAGUACUGCGUCACCAGUUGGCUGCUAUGUCGACAAUUCCGACGCGCGCGCAAAGCCUCAAGGCGGAUUCAAAAGACAUGGCGUUCGCACAGUCGACGAGUGAAGUGGGAGGCUGAGGUGGCUAGCGUGUUUGUUAGCCGCAGUGUAAACGGGACAAGCACCAUCGCACCAGGCAGCGGCUCGACAUCUUGGACCCAGCACACGCGCAUGGAGGACUCAGACCGCAGGAUGGCUAAGCUGCGCAGCCAGCCGGACGUCUACUUUGUAUUGCAGCCGCGCGCCUUCGGGUAUAACUCGCUGUUCCAUGAGGCUGCUGCAUGCGGGGACUUCCACGUCGUCAAGUACAUGCUCCAAGAGCGCUCCAGUGAAGAGCUGCUCUCGCUCAAGAAUGGACGGGGCUUCACAGCCUUCCACGAAGCUUGCGCCAAUGGCCAGCACACGAUGGUAAAGUAUUUGGUGCUGCAAAUGACAGCAAUGACAGCUACUGGAGCGCGAGAAAAUACCCCAUCGACCCCGAAGGCACUCGAGCAGUCCACCAAGGCGAACUCAACCGAUGGGCCCGAAGCGAAGGAGACCAAUGCAACAGCUUCGUCGUCUGAUGAGGUUGGCAACCAGCAAGAAGAGGAGCCUUCAAGCAGAAUUCCCGAGCGAACGAUUGUCUACAGCGGAUUUCUUCGGAAACGACGGGAGACAUCACGGUGGAUGAAGCGAUUCGUGGUGCUCAGCGUGACUGCCGACAAACAGGACCACCCGCAACUCGAGUACUAUCCAAACGAUCGCAAGUUGACGUUGGCUGGACCCAGUUCCCUGCAGAUCGACUUGACCACAGCGUUGCUCAAGACGAGUGUGGACCUGCCUUUUGCGUUUGAACUGCACUCCCCGCAACUGCUUGGUGGGCGCAACAAGGAAGGUCGGCUUUACUUCGCGGCAUCAGGAGCCCUUGAGAUCCAGUGCUGGCUUGCGCACUUCCGUAACAUCAUCCCCAGCAGCAUCGAGUCCCGUGUGUUUGCCAUGCAUCGGUCUGCUCAGAACAGCAAGCUCGAGUUUGUCGACUUCAAGGCUCGCCAGGAGGCUUGCAACUUGCGAAGUGAGUCGUCGCGACAGGAGACACCACUGCACUUGGUCGCCAGCUGCAGCAGUCUUGUGAUUUUGGCGGCGAUUGAUGACGACACCGACAACAACAAGAGCAGCACCACCAGUGAGAUUCAGCUUGACGUGACCACAGCAGCAGCUAGCUCCAGCUCGAAGUCCAAAUCCUUGUUAGACGCGGAGCUUGAGCUGGUGAAGACAGCGCAGUGGCUACUGGAGAAUGGAGCCGAUGUCAAUGCGAUGACAACAAGACAAGAAACACCGUUGCAGUUCGCACUGCAGGCUGGACACUUGAUGCUGGCGAAGCUGCUGCUAGACCGCGGGGCUCUUGCUUCAAAUCUGUCAGAGCCGCAACUGGUAUUUGUGCGCUGCUUGAAGGCUGAAUUGGCGAAGACCGCCAUCACUAGCAUCUCUUCAGCGGCGUGCACAUCUGUAGGAAUCUCACACGCGCCCCAGCCACCUUCGAACCCGCUGUUGGCGGCGGGAAGUGCUCUCCUCAAACGACCCAACAAGUUGACGCGGCGCUUGAGUGCGAGCGAAGAAGAACUCCCAAUGCUCUUUCUGGUCAAGCAGCCUGGCAAAGUGCGGCACAGCUCGUACGUGUCGCUUUUUGUUGAGCUCAUUGCACUGAGCGACGCGGCAUUGAUCGGCGCUCGGCGGCCACGGAUAGUUAUCUCGGUGAUGGACGGACAGCGCAACCUCGUGGAAAUGAGGCAGCAGGUGUCCGUGCAGCCUGUAGCGUCUUCCAACGCCCUACUCUGGGGGUUCACUUGGCACAUGCAGACACCGCUGGAGAACUUGCCACACGGAGCCUGCGUCGUGCUUGAGUUCGCCACCACCAGCACCUCGUCGGUAUCACCAACAAACGACGGCCCCACGUCUCCAACGCUUGGCGCGAGCGUGCUCGUACCCGAAUGCUGGACGUACCUGCAAGUGGACCAGCGCACAGCCAACAGCACCGCUCUCACCGCUGAGAUGUACAAGUACCCAGUGGACUUGUCAUCUCACAACACUCUGCACCGCGCCGACGCGUUCCUGUCCGGUGAGAUGUUGAUCUCCCAAGCUCGAGCCACGUAA